AUGGAUGACGAAUACCAAGAGCACGAUGAAAGUUUUGCUGAGGACGCGACUUUGGCCGAAAGCGGCCGAAAAUGCACAAUAUUUGUGGUUGAUGUAUCAGAAGCUAUGUUGAAGAAGAGAUCUGAUGGAAAAACAUACUUGAAUGAAGCUUUCAGACGACUGGCAUCUCACUUGAACUACUUGGCACUGAAUUCUAGCCUUAGAGAGUUUGUGUCCGUCAUCUUUCUCAAUGCGGUCAGUUACAUUAUAAUUCACAGUUUUAUUUAGGUAUAAAAUAAGCAGUUAUGUAUCGUUCAUUGUCUUUCAUUAGUUUUGCCAUAUUUUAUUGCUGAAAUUGUUGUUUUUUGUUUUAGCCCCCGGACAACGCACAAAAUGGGAUUUAUGUCAUGUAUAAGAUGGAUAAUGUUACCGUCGAACUAAAUGACACAAUUUAUCAUCUCUCUAUCGCUGGUGAGUGAAUAUUCUCUUAUUUUACAUAUCUUAGAUGACCUUGCGAAAGAGUUUUCCGAUUUGUAUGGCUCUGGGUCUUCCCAAUCUGAUAUUUCUGAGCUUAUUUUUAGCUGCCGACGUUGUUUCUCAGAUAUGUAAGUUGAAAAAACAGGAUUGUAAAUACUUUUUAGUGGAAAUGUUGCCCAAAAGCGUGUAAUCUUCUACUCAUACAACUACGAUCCGUAUGAUGAUCCAUUUACAAAGGCCAAACAUCUGGUAUGGCCUUCAAGGUUACUGUAACUUCCUUGUUUAGGAGUUGGUAGCCAAGAGAAUGGCCAAAGUGGAGACGGACAUUCAUUUCGCCGCCAAUUUAAUCGACUUUCCUCUCGGCGAGAAGCCAGAUGAUUUUUGGGUAUGUAAAGUUAUAUUUCUUUUAUGUUUGUCUUGUUUAGGACACAAUAGACCCGGGGUACAAGUACAGGAAGCAUCCAAUUGAGCCAACUACUGAGUUUAUCGAAGCUUCUCUCAGAUCCGCAGCGGUGGUUCCCUUCCAACUUGGGGGUUCGGUGGAGAUGGCUGUGAGUUGCUAUUACAUUUGCCAUGAACGACACAAACCGUCGUCCGCAUGGUUGGAUGCCGAGACCAAUGAAGUUGUGGAGAGAAAGGGAUUUCUGGCCGAUGAAGGGCCUGCUGAAGAUGAGGAAUUCGUCUCGAUUUCAGCGCAAAUCUCUCAAAACCCGAGGCCGAUUGAAGAUGGAGAACAGCCAGAACUCUCGGAAUUGGAAUGGAAAACUGCAAUUGGGACUACGGAGAUAUAUCUAAACAGACAAGAACGGGAUCUAUUGGGGAGGAUUGAGUCCCCGAACAUACGAUUACUCGGAUUUAAACCGAUUUCCGAGUUGAAGGAUUCGUGGAGAAUGGGGGAAAGUGUUUAUUUAUAUCCUUUGGAUAAGGUAGGUCCUCUGUGUGAGCAAUAUUUUUAUGAUUUUAGGUGGUAACUGGCUCCCAAAAUCUCUACCGCUCAUUAUAUGAAAGUUGUCUCAAAAAACAGGUUUUUGCUUUAGCUAGAUGCACAUUCAGAAGUAAUACAACCGCAAAAUUAUAUGCCUUAUUGCCUCAGAAGGCUUCACCAAGGGAAGGAGAAGAGUUUGUGAGUCUUUGCCAAGAAAUUUUAUUUGAUUUUAGUGGUCAAGCGUAAUAUAAAUUUUUUAUAGAAACCAGUAGAUCUCCACAGAUAUGAAGGCUUCCACGCGGUUAAAUUACCUCUAAAGCAAAAUAAAAGAGAUCUGAAUUGCGAAUUUGAGAAGGAAACCCGUCAAUUAAUAGAUCCGAUGACUAAACCAUCAAGUGUAAUAUCAUCGCUGGUCGAUAACCUCACUGAAGAUUACACUCCCGAACUGUUCUUUAACCCUCGUAUGCUGUUUUGUUUGCUGUGAAGGUGUUUUUGUUUAGAAGUUCAGAGUUACAAUCGACUGAUCGAAAGCUUGGCCAUGAAAUAUUCCUUCGAUAAAUGCCAAAAGUUGGCCAAAGAAGUGGAUCAGCAUAGUAAGUCGUGUCCAAUUGGUCGUAGAACUUAAUUUCAGAAGCCUGGUUUGACGUGAAAGAUAAGGAUUUCGUCGAAAAGGAGCUAGCUCGAAUCUCCACGGUGUUGGCCAAGGAUCCAGAAGACGAAAAGUUGGCCAGGAAACGGAAACAGGGGACGAAGUACGAUGGAAGUAGUAAGAAAGCGAAAGAAUAG